UAUAAAACACAACUAGCUGGCAGGAGCAGAGCCACUGAAUUCACUGCAGCAGCACUUUAGGCUACUAAUAAUAUUACUAGCCCACUCUGUACUGGAGCCACACAGGACCUGUGUUUAUGUGGAGAACAGUGUCGUGUGAGAAAAGCUACCGUGGAGCAAUGGUUAAUGAGUGCAUUUGAGAAGGAUGAGUCUUGACCCUUUGCAGGUCAUGAAGGGCCAGGACCCCAUGUCCCUCAGCCCCUUGUCCGGCUCAAAUGGUGACAGCAAAGCCUCCUGGGAUGACAACGAAGGCUUCUGUGAUAGUGUGGGUUCUACUAAAAAGCCCCAAACUGGACCAGUGAGACGAACCAGGAAGGUGGAGGGAGGCAUUUUCUUUCCAAAACCAGAGAACGCAGUAACGAUAGCCGUGUCCUCUCGGGUGCUGUUCCGCACAGAGAAUGAGCAGAAGGUGUAUGAAGAGAAAGGAGUGGAGGAGUACCUCAUGUACCAGGUGAAACAUGAGAACGAGCCUUUAGCCCCUGGACCAGCAUUUCCAUUUGUUAAGGCCCUGGAGGCAGUUAAUGCUCAACUGCGAGAGCUGUACCCUGAAAGUGAGGAGCUUUUUGACAUAGUUCUGGUGACCUACAAUCAUGCCCAUGUAGGAAUAAGACUAAUUAACACCAUCAACUAUCACAAUCUGUUCAUUGAGCGGUUCUGCAUGACAGGAGGCAGUAAUCCAAUUGGCUACCUGAAAGCAUGGCACACAAACCUGUACCUGUCAGCUGACCCCAAAAAGGUGCAGGAGGCACUGGCUGAAGGCAUUGCAGCAGCCACCAUGUUCAUGGCAGAGAAGCAGAUAGACGUUUCGGAGACACAGCUGAGAGUGGCAUUUGAUGGCGAUGCUGUCCUCUUCUCUGAUGAGUCGGAACGAAUAUUUAAAGCUCAUGGCCUGGACAAGUUCUUUGAGCAUGAGAAGGAAAAUGAGAACAGGCUGCUAGAUCAUGGUCCACUGAAAAGUUUCCUUGAAGUCCUUGGAAAGCUCCAGAAAAAGUUCUAUGCUAAAGGCCACAGGUUAGAUUGCCCCAUUCGCACCUAUCUGGUGACUGCUCGCAGUGCUGCCAGCUCAGGGAUCCGUGCUUUAAAGACUCUACGUGCCUGGGGACUGGAAACAGAUGAAGCCCUGUUUUUAGCCGGAGCUCCCAAAGGCCCCAUGCUAGAGAAAAUCCGACCCCACAUCUAUUUUGAUGAUCAGAUGUUCCAUAUUGAAGGUGCUGCAGAGAUGGGAACGAUUGCUGCACACGUACCAUACGGGAUAGCACAGAAGUACCCUCACAAAAAGAGUGUCAACUCUGACAAAUAAGGAUAGGAAUGGACAUUAGAUAUUGCUCCUGCAUGACUCCGUGACUCAGCAGCAAGAGAUGAACUUUUUUAAACCAACAUUAUUUUAUAUAAAAGCUGACUGGCUGAUUGGUUCACCAAUCACACUAUGAAGACAAAAAGACUAGUAAUUAAAUUUGUCUCUCUGUGAUAUUUGUUUUCUUCACUGAUUUGUAAAUAACUCAGGUGAAUGAGUAUUCAUUUCCCGAAAUGAAAAAUCUCUAUCAAUUUUGGUGCCCUUUUAUUUUUUGUUUAGUGUAUGAUACAUAAUUGUGAUAUACUGUAUGCUAUGUUUAUAGUUUUCUACCAUAGUAAAAAGACAAUACAGAAUGUUUUUAUGUAAAACCAUAUAUAAAAAUUCAUUCUAUACAUCAUAUAUUGUACGGUGUAUUUUAUAUAGGUUCCAUACCACAUAUUUUAUAUAAAAACAAGUCUGACAGUAGUUUUGGCUACAAGAGAAAUCAGAUUUAUUCACUGAUUCUAAGAUAAUAUUUUUUCUUUAGAAACAGCUUUUGAACAGACUUGGAUAUCAGAUGCUCUACUGUAUAUACAGUACACAGAUAUUAAAUACUUAUUUGAAGAUUAUUUGAUGAAUCUUUCGGUGAGGAGACACUGAAAAGUCGUUAAAAUGGAGGACUUUGCAGUUUCUUGGUAACACUUAUUGCAUUUUUGUAUUAUUAAUUUAACCCUGUAAAACCCAAAUAUUGAAAAAAAUAAGAAAUGUUUUUUUUGACCUCUCAUAUAUUGUUUUAGGAGGCCUCUGAUGUAGAAAUUAAAGAUUAAAUUAAAGACAGGCUGAUGAGGGAAGGAUUGUUUAUACAGUAGCUGUGAUAAUGCUAGAUAACAGGAAAUAACUUUCUUCCUGGAUGUUCCACAACACUAAAUGCAACUAUAAAUCGAUAAAACGUACAAUGUGACAUUUAUUAACAAAAAACUGUAAUGUUGGUAAAUUGCUGUGGAGUCAGGCAGCAUAUUCGGAUAUGUUUUUUUUCCUUCAUAUCUAAAAUAUUGUUUGCUGAAGUCAAUUGGGAAACUGUAAAUUGGUGUACAGGAAAUGUAUAUUUAAUGAGACAGAAGUGUACUAUAUCUUUAUAUGUUUGUUUAUGAUAUUCUGUAAUUUAGUAUGUAUAUCCUGUACAUGAUCACGUAGUCAUGCAGGGCUUCUCUGUAAACAAGGCUUCUGGCUUCAGUGGUAAAGAUCAUGUAUGGAAUGAAUGAAUUACCAAUGAUAUAAAAAAUGAAGCCAUAAUGUGUCUAAGGACUGAAUGUGAACUGUUUUUUGCAGCUAAGAUCAAGAGUAAUAAAUAACAGUAAAUAUCACUUAUUAUUAUGUUCUAGAAUCAAUUAAACUCACCGUUUUCCUAGAUAAUGAGUUUAUUGUCCAAACAACAAGAGUCAUUUAAAUCUGCUCUAUAAAAACUUGAAAUAAAAAAAGAACUGAAAAAAGGUGACUAUCAAGUUGUCAGGUUGUAUCUGUAGAUUUAGGGGACAAUAAAUUUAUAUUUAUUAAAAUGGGGUCAAUUUUAGCAUCAGCUAAAACGUAUGAGGAGAUGUGUCUUAAAUGUCAUAACAGCUGGACAAGAUGGGGAAGAU